AUGGAUGAACAGCUUCAACGUGAGUCCAGAGAUGAAAAUGCCGGUGGAACGGACCGUGUUGUGUUUCUCCGGGCGGGCACCGACCCUGCCCUGACCGGCGACCGAGUACUGCACCACCUCACGGCCCUGGAGAAGUCCUGCCAGGUGCCCCCCUACUUCGGAACAGUCCAGACUGACAUCCAGCCUUACAUGAGGAGGAUACUGGCUGUGUGGAUGCUUCAGGUGUGCGAAGAGCAGAAAUGUGAGGAGGAGGUGUUUCCACUGGCGGUGCUUUACCUGGACAGUUACCUGAGCCGUUUUGCCAUUGAAAAGUCCGAUCUGCAGCUCUUAGGGACUGUUUGCAUGUUCCUGGCCUCCAAAAUGAGAGAGACUGUUCCCCUGACGGCCAGCAAGCUGUGCAUCUACACUGACAACUUCCUUUCAGUCUCAGACAUCCUGCAGUGGGAGGUAGCAGUGGUGUCCAGAUUGGAUUGGUGUCUGGCCUCUGUGGUGCCCUCUGACUUCCUGGAGCCAAUUCUUCACGCUCUCCCUUUUGUUCGACCCCUCCACCAUCAAAACAUGCGCAGGCAUGUCCACUCCUACAUUGCUCUGGCUGCCACUGACUGCAGGUUCUCUGUGUUCUUGCCCUCCACUGUUGCAUGUGCCUGUGUGAGCAUUGCCACGCAGAGGCUAAAGCUAGUGGACGCUGCUGUGUCCUCUGAUUCAGUGAUGAAGUUUCUGGCCAGACUUUUGGCCAUUGAUCUGAGCUCAGUCCUCCUCUGCUAUGACCAGCUAGGGAGCGCGCUGAAGCUCAGCCUGCCCUCCUGUUUCCAGGACAGUGUUUGCAGAUCAAGAGCGCACAGCUCCGAGAUCGGCCUCACCCCUGCUGACAUUCAGGAUGUUGUAUUGACAUCGGUGACAUCACCCCAGGAAAUCAAGCGAAAACGCUCCUCCCUGCCAUGA